ACUGCUUACAAGAAUAGUGCGCGAAGUCUUUUUUGUCGUUACUUUGUUUAUCCUACAAAGUCGAUGAUUGGUUCUGUGUAGGUCAUCUAAUUGAUUGGUACGAAAGGGUGUGUUGUUGUCGUUAUUUCACAUAAUGCCUCUAAGUCACUUAUUUUCUUAGUAAUUGGCUACGUGUUGUAAAUUUUUUAUGAUAUAUCUGAGCAGAAGGAAAUUUUCCUCUCCAAGCCUCGUUUGUAACACUGCAUGAGCUCUGAGUCUUCUAAUUCAAAUCGCUAUUUUGGGAAAAGUUUGGGGUCUUUUGGGUAGAUUUAGGGUUUUUCCCCUAAUUCGUGAAAAUUUAGGUAGGUUUCCACAAAGUUUUGGGAAAAACCUCAAAGUGUUGUACGAUUCUGUGGAAAUUUCGAUCGGAGUUUGUGGGCCAUUUCAUCAAAGUUUCCUACUACAGUUUUCCCAAAAUUUACCCGAAAUGGACAAAAUUUUCCCUGAAAUAGGGAGACUGGGAUAGACCGGAAAGACCAUUUCAGUCUCUCGUCGUUAUACUCGUCGGAGCAUAUCCACCCCAUGCUUGAAACAAGGGCUCGCUGCUUCAAAUGGUUGUGGACGGAAUAGAAGAAGCUUUCACUUAGCGGGCUUCCGUCUCUAGUAGCAGUGGGUCACCAAAACCUCCAGACAGGAGCCCAGGUAUAUUAACGAUAGUAGAGGAAAAAAAGAAAUUGGUAAAUCAUAAUAAGAUGUUAUCCUUAGUCCUUAAGAAUAGGUCAAGUUUUCCCUUAAAGGACUCCUGAGGAGUUACUUGGACUAGAUCAGCUGGCAGCUAAUUCCAGAAUUUGAUAACUCUUAAGGAGUAGAAAUUGUGUUUACAGUCCGUUCUGCUAUGUUGUAUCUCCAAUUUCUGGGUGUUACCCCUUAGGUUUGUAUUGGGACUAAGCUUAAGUAGAUGUUUAAGCGGAUGUCCAGAAGCGUUAAGGAUACUGUAAGUCAUUAGAAGGUCACCUCUAAGACGCCUAUACUCAAAUAGGUAAAGGUUAAGUGAUUGGAGGCGCUCUCCAUAAGGUUUGAAUUUGAGUCCCCGGAUUGAUUUCGUGGCUUGCCGUUGGGUACGCUCCAGAGUGUCCAUAUCCUUUUGGAGUGAGGGUGGAGAUACUGUUUCCGUACUCUAAAUGGGGAUGAAUAAAACUGUUGAAGAUUAUGUGGAAAGUUCUUCCGUCAAACUGGCCAAGAAUGCGCUUCAAUGUUAUCAGUGCAAGGUUUGCUCGAAAGUCAUUUCUGUCACAGUUAGCGUAGGACUUUAAAUCGUAGGGUACUGGGACUCCCAAAUCUUUUUCGACUCGGGAUACUACUAGAGAGGAGUUUCUUAAGUUGUAACUGUAGUCUGUAACAUGUCGUAGAUGGACUACUUUACACUUUGAAGUGUUAAAGGUAAGUCCGUUAUCGUCUGCCUAACUUUGAAGUCAAGUCAGAUCCUCCUGGAGUGCCUGUAUAUCCUCUUGGCUGCGUGUCUCUCUCUCCAAACUUUCAUGUCAUCAGCAAAAAGUAAUGUGACGAUACCUGUUGUGGAAGGUCAUUUAUAUAAAUCAAGAGGUUUUAGUACUGAGCCCUGGGGGACCCCACUAGGACAUUCCAUAGCCUGAGAUAAAGCGAAGUUAGCCCUGACCCUAAAAUAUCGAUUUUUCAGAUAUGAAAUGAGCCGGUCAAUUAGACGUGAUCUGAUAUCCAAUCGUUUGAUCUUAUUGAUAAGACACAUAUGGUUGACCCUAUCAAAAGCUUUUGAGAAAUCAAGGUAAAUGAUAUCAACCUUCCCCUUGCGAUCAAGGAUGUUUGUCCAUCUGUCCACCUCAGUCAGCAGGUUGGUUAUACAAUAGUAACCCUUCGUGAAACCAUGCUCUUGGGGUGAGAAGAAAUUUAAGGACAGUAAGUAGUCAUAUAUACCAUCGCAUAUCAGGGGCUCCAUAAUUUUUGAAGGUAUAGAGAGAAGAUCCACCAGUCGGUAGCUUGAAGGUUCGCUGCGUCGACCUACCUUGAAAAUUGGUGUGAUGUUAGCCAGCUUCCAAAUUUCCGAUAGUUUUCCUCGGCUUAGCGAGUGUGAGAACAUCACGCUAUGCGGUGUUGCCAGGAUUGAAGCUGCUUCUCUCAAUAUAGCAGAAUAAACCAUGUCUGGGCCAGAAGUGUCUUUUCUCAGGUGCUGUAGUUUCCGGAACAUCAAGUCAGCGCUCAGGUUCACUUCAGAAAGUCCUAUGCAGUUGCAGAUGAAGCUGUCAUCAAUAUAGUUGAUGUGGGUCGGUUGAAAUGUCCGAGAGUAUUGUUUAGACAAAAGGUUAGCGGCGUUGCCGUCGUUAUUGGUUGGGCCAUUAGGACCUAGCAGCUGGGAAACUCCAGUUUUGGCUUGACGAAGAGAGGCUGCAUAGCGGAGUAAGCUUUUCGGAUCGGAGACAAAUUUAUCCGUAAGCUUUAUCUGGUACUGGAGUCUAUCUUCUCUUAUAGCCUUCGUGCAUAUGUUCCUUAUAUGUUUGUAUUGUCUGUACGCGCCGUUGUUGUCGGUUUGUUUGUAUUCUGUCUAACACUGCCUUUUGCGGCUUAGCAAGCGGAGAGCGCGGUUCUUGAUGAUUGUAGGUUGCUUGUAGCUAUUGGGGACCGUUUGAGGGACUGACUGCUUUGUAACACAUAAGAGCGUGUGCAGUAAGAAGUCCCAAUGAGCAUCUACAUCAAAUUGAGGGUGAACAUCCCAAUCCACAUGUUGUAGAUAGUCCUGUAGAGCUGACACAUUCAACCGUUUGGAAUUCCAGCACCUAUUGUUGGUGGGAUAUCUUAGCUUAGUUUUGCUAACAAAACUGAAGACUAUAAUGGUGUGAUCGCUUUUUCCCAGGGGAGCCAGGAUUGAAAGGUUGUCAACUAGAAGUUCUUUGUUUGUAAAUGCCCAGUCUAAGCGCGACGGUAUCUGACUGUCUCUCCAACGGGUUGCCGACUUCACAUUUUCGUGUAAUCUCAGAUCCUCAUUGAGGUUGAAGAACCGAGCUUCAGUUUAGUUCUCACCUCCAAUAUACGUAUGUUCCACGAAAUUGACUCUAGGGAGAUUAAAGGCCCCUAGAAUCAGGAUAUGAGUAAAUCCGAGACGCGUAGAGCGGGAUAGUCCUCCCAGUAUACGACUGUUAUACUCGAUGUCAGCAGUGAGCUUCCCAUAGAUGACCCCGAUUAGUCACCUUGAAGUAGUAGACAAUCUUACAAAGCACCAUACAGGUUCAUCAAGAUUUUUUAACUCAUGGUUGUGAACUUGGUGUACCUCCAGGCAGGAUCGUAUGCAUACGGCUACUCCACCUCCAAUCCCUGUUUUUCUGUCGUUGCGAAACAAAGACAUCACAGGUAUUGCUAGUUCUUGGUCCGUAAACUGAGAAGAUAUCCAAGUUUCAGAUAUUCCUAUCAGAUGAGCCUUAUUAGCAUUGCUAAGUUCACGUAGCUCAUCCAUUUUAUUUGGUAGACUCGCGGCGUUCGUGUAUAAGUAGUUUAUGCUUUCAAUUUGAAACGCGUGAGCUUCUUCCGGGUGCAUAUGGAUUCCAGUUGGCAACCGACGUCUGUUGGCACGAAGUGCUUCCCGAGUUGCAGCCGCCAUAUGGGAGGAUGGGAAAACUAUCCUCAUUAGCCGAGGUCUAGAAUCACCGUCCUUCUUGGUUAGUCUCGUCACAUGUUGAGUUAGUAUGUUUUUGAGCCUCAAAGACUGCUUGAUGAAUAUCCAUUCCUUAAUAUCAGAGUUUGCUUGACUAGGGUCCGUGUUUUCCGGUACACUUUGCACAAUGAUAUUUCUUCUGCAAAAAACUUCCGAGAUUCUUUAGGGAUGUUCCGGAUGAGACUGCGCUCAGAAUUCGGUAUGUUGGGCAGUAUUCUUACUUUCCCAUCGGAUUUCAGUAAAUGACUAGCUAGCAGCACAUCCUCUGCGUCGGUAGCGUUAGCGAGUGUAACACGAAGUAGCAUCGGGUGAUUUUGAUGCUUAGAUUCCUUUCCCCGAGUGGGCCGUGUCACCGUCAAAGGCUUUAUUCUAGGAAGUUCAAGCUUCUUGUUCAAUUCUCCCCAGAGCAUCCUGUCAAUUUUGUCCUGGAAACUGAGGGGCAGGUCAGGGUUGUCUUUGAGGUUCAUGAUUAUGAGAGAGUCAUCACGAACCGUUAUUGUUUUCCCAGGUUUUCCUGUGCGUUCAGGUUCAGCACCUUGUUGUUUGGAGGUCGAAGCACGUUUCUGAUUCCUAGGCUCUUUGAUGACCGGAUGGACAUUCCUGGGGGUAGACUGUGCGGGAAAUCACCAGUUGAUUUCCGUACAAUACUUGGGAUGUUCAGCUUAGACGGUGACGCCUGGUCCUUUUUAGCUUUGUUAACGUGGGUCCAAUCACCUACAGAGUUUUCGGGAACCACUGUUGCUUUCAAGGACCCUGAGCUGGGAGACCCGAUUUUGCUGAGGGAGUCUAUUACCGUCGAAGUUAUGAUAGUGCCGAGUUUCAGCAUGUCAUCACUAGUGCUAAUGCAUGCUUCAUCGAUAGUAAACCUGUCGACAUCCCUAUUCUUGUUUUCAUUGCGCGUCCUUGUUUGUCUACUCGUUUUAUGACUUUUUCCAAGUUUGCUGACAACUUAUUCCGCAGAUCUUUCAAUAGGACAAUGAUGUUACUCAGCAAAACUACAGCAUCCGUGUUGCACGUAACACAUAUCCACUUAUGAUCCGACUUAUUGAGUCUGUUGUAAGCAGUUGCUGUGAGAUCGGCGCACGCUUCAUGGAACCAACUUUUGCAGUUAUCGCACGGCAUGCCAGAUGUAACAACAAAACGGCAUCCAGGUCGUUUGCAUGAAUUUUUAAUGACUAUAUUUACGUAAACUGUAUUAUGGAUGCUAGAGAAACCCUAAGACCGUUAAAAAAUACACUAAAAACGGGCAAAAAUGGAUAAAAACGGAUGUGAUAAACUGAACUAGCCUUUACGUGAAAAACUGAGCAGUAAGCUGAGGCAAAACCACAGUUAACUAUUAAGUUGGGUGAAACUCGAAAAAAAGUAAUCUACAGAACAUAUAGCUUAGAAUAGAUUCUUUAGAUCAGAAAUGGUACUUUUGUUGCGUAAGAACACAGCAAAAGUUUGAGGAAUCCAAAUCACGUUAGGACUAAACUUCCCGUUUGAAUCCCAUAUUCCGAAUGGUGUCUCACGAAAGUCGGGUAUAAUACUCUGUAGAUUUCUUCUUCCAAGUACUGAAACGACCUACAAAUAGCCCAUAAUACCCUAAAGCCUUUGGCAACAUUAGCCUUGCAGUUGCUCGUAGUUUUGAGGUCGCUGCUUAUUAUGACUCCUAAAUUUUUAUAGCCCAUUACUUUGGGCAACACAACUCCACGUAUUGUGUAGUGUUAUGAUUAAUCGUAGUUAUUUAGUUGCGUCACCACAGAACUUACUUCUAGUGGCCACCCGCCCUUCCAACAAUGAAUUGAGGUCAUCCUGUAUUACUAUCCUAUCUGACAUACUGUUUAUGGGUCUCCAAAUCUUUGUCAUCGGCGAAGAGUAGGACGGUUGACUUUGUUACAGUUAGUAAUUCAUUUACAUAAAAUUAAAAAAAAGAGGACCAAGGAUUGUACAUUAGGGAGCAGAGACUUAGUAACUAUCGUCCCGUUAGUCUAACCAGUACAGUUGUAAAACUAAUGGAUGGCUGUUAUUAACUAUGUGGAAAGGCAUAAUAUUUUAUCCAGGGAAUAACGGUUUAUUUAAAAGGCCUAUCAUGCUCGACAAAUCUGCUCAUUGUAAGAGAAGAUUGGGCUGCAACGAAAGAUCGAAGUAUUCCUGUAGAGUAAAUGGAGCUCUCUCACCGUGUAACGGGGAUUACACCCGAAACAAUAGUCUCUCUGUACUUAUUUAUUUAAACAUAUAAACAUUGGUACGAGGCACCAAAUAGAUAUGCCCCACAUAAACCAUACGAUUUGUAUGAGGGCUGGGAUACUAUCCGCACACCCAAACCGAAGCAGGUGGUUUUCUUAGGGGACCACACCCGGAGCCUUUGACCUAAAGGUCUGAUCCACAAGGUAGUGGAGCAACGUCUGGAGAUGCAGUCCCAUGGUAGCGGGUCACCAACGAUUGGUUCACACGCCAUUUGUUCCUUCAGGAUCCUGGAGCCCAUGUACACCAUUGGUUUGAAAUCAGGGUUUUCCAACUCCCCUAGGUAGACCCUCCGUGUCCCUUUCAUUGGUAUUGAAAUACUAAUUUCAACAGCCUAGUUUGAUUUUCUUUCAAGUCUGCUUGGCUACCUAGUUGAUAAACUUUCAGUAAGGCGGCCCCAGAGAUAUCUUCAUACACUAGUUGGUUAAUUAGACUUUUUAUCAACUCAAUGUCAUGGUCAAAGCAGUUUCUAGGUUCAAAGCUUUCACUUUCCUUGACUCUCAAAGAUGACUACCUUGUCACUAUGAUCAGCCUUUGAUUUCUCAACUACUGUUCAGGAGACUGUUUUUUUAUCAAUAUUACGUCGUCUCUUAUUCUUGAUUUGUAUCCAUCCAUCAGCUUUCACUAGAGUUACAAUCACAGUUACGUUAAACAUACUGUGAGAUCCUCAAUGAUUGUCAAUAAUUUAGGUGACCAGGUUGUUUUCUGUGCUGGAAACGGACCUAGCUUUACGGAUUAGGUUUUCUAGGUGUCUCCUGACUGCUCCCACUUGGAGUACAGGGCACAGGAGAAACCUUUCCUGGAUUGUUAUUUCUUACAGACCUCUUUGAAGUCGCUCCUUCCGUCUUUGGUGCAUGUAGUUCAGUGGAUUUUGGGCUUAUUUGGGAUGACUACACAUCGUCUUCAAAUCCAGUCUCUGAAUUCUUGUUACAGCAUUAAACCUGCUACUCAAAGUUAUUUUCGCUCCAGUUACAUGCAGCUUUCUCCGUUUUCAAUCAACAAUUUCUUUGUAAUUUUGCGACAGAUAACAUCAACUUCAGCUCAUAACAACAGUAACGCGUUUACAAAUUUCAUUCACUCGAGAUAUCAUGAGGUCAAGUCCUCAAAACCGGAGCUAUCAAAUUAUGAUGUGAUCAGAAAGUUAGCACAGUUGUACAAAUCACUUCCAGUUGAAGAGGUAGAAAAGUUAAAAUUAGAAGCGAAAGAACAUCAAUCUCAUGUCAAAAAAGCGACCAAGUUUGCUUAUCGUAAUGGAAUGCCAAAAAGUCCACCAAACUCUGGACUCAAAGUUUUUAUGAGAGAAAAACUAAAGGAUUCUAAGGGUACACCAGUGUCUCAAAUGCGAAAUGACUUUAAAGAUACUGUAAAACAAUGGAUGUCGCUGCCUGAAUCUGAUCAACUGGAGUAUAAUAACAUUGCAAAAGAUCUAAAAAAUGAUUAUGAAACUAAACUUAAAGAAUGGGCUACAAAAAAUAAUAUUCAAUAUACAAAACGUAUAUCAAUACUGGCUGAUAGAUUCUAUAGAGCAUAUUACCCAAAAUAAAAGAAUCCAUUAAUUAUUAAAUGAAGACAGAGAUGAAUAAGAUUACUACAAAAUGUAAUACUUUUACUACUUCCACUGGUGUUGUUUUCUUUGUGGUUUUAAAUUCUGAAAAGCCGAUAAACCAACCAAUGGUAGUAAUCAGUUUUUGUGGAAAUUAUUAUUGUCAUUUAUACAUCUGUUUAUUGAAUCUUUUAGUAAUGUGUAGCCUAUUUCUUGUUACUACUCAUCUAUUUCAAGAAUAUUUUUUUCUCUCGUUUUUUUUUCGCGUCGUUACUCGUUAGAUUGUUUUCUUUCUUUUUUUUUCUGUUUUUGUUAAGCUACUAAAUGAUGUUAAAAAAAUUUUCUGUAUUCAUCUGUCAUAAAUGUGUAAUAACUAAUUAUUGGUUUGCUCGUUAGUAGUAGUUGUGUUCGAAUACUAACUCAGUUUUGGGGGAUUCGAUGUGAAUAGGCUUACAUCGUUUAUUUGUUGUACUAGACUUCUAGAUUAAGACUUGUAACAUUUACAGGUUAUAGUAUAGAGAGUAUAGAUGCCAAUUAUUUCAGAAUACAAUAGAUCGCUAAUUAUUCAUAUUAUUUAUUUAUUUAAACAUAUAAACGUCAGUUUAAGAGGUCAUCAACAUAUGUAUGCGCCACACAAUAAAGAAUGAGGUUUUUAAAAGAUAGAAUGUUAAUAAUUAUAAUAUUAAUCGGGGAAGCAGUUUAGUUAAGAAAAGUACAACCAGAAAGGAUUCUUUCAGUUGAGGAAGUUUCUUUCACUUAUAUGAAGCAAGUAAAAGAAAGUUACGGUAGGUCUGCCAUUGGCUUCUAUUCUGAGCCAUUUCUGAAUACGUUACAAGUCAUUAAGUUGGAUUUUAUUUUAUUUGAACACAUAUAUAUUGGUACAGGAGUGCGCCAAAUAUAUAUGCGCCACACAAAACAAUGAGAAUUUAAGAAGAAAAAAAAAUGAGGAACUUAAAAAACUUUUUUAAAAAAAAAACAAUAAUGAAGAGAUUGGUGUAAGGGAGUGUAGUAAUAAUCAUAGUCAUAAUGGGGGAACGGAAAGGUACAAUCAGAAGAAAUCUUUCAGUUAAGGAAGAAACAACCACUUUUAUGAAG